AUGCCCGACAUGCACGCUGUCUUCAACUCUGCUUCACCACCUAAACUCGACCUCUCAAAUGCGCCCUCUCAGCUAUUCCAAGUGCCAGCCUCCACGGCUUCCACGUCGCUCUAUUCUCUCUCAGUCAGUCGCAAGCGACCACGUCGUAACACAGACAAACUUUCGUCACAUUUUGAGUCCAAUUUCACCGGGUCCCCGAUGAUCCACCCCGACUACCGCUCAGUAAGCUUAAGUGGAGGCAACGAUUUCCACGCUUCUGCCGAGCUAGAUUACCGCCCGAACCGCUACCGUGAAUCCUUCCUCCCGCCCUCCUUCGAUUCCAGCGACGAGUCAGCAAUUCUAGCAGACUACAACGGCAGUCGCAAGCGCAGCCGCCGCGAUUCUUGCGUCAUAUCCGCAAGCCCCGAUGGCCCCAACAACACAACACCCACAGGCUGGGGCCGGACCGUGAUCAGAGCCGUGAGCAAAGUCCUCGAUCUAUGCUGGACUGGCGCAUUCCGAGGGUUCUACGCAGGAGGAGGACAGGGCUACGAUAUGUCAUCCAGCCCCGCAACAACCCUCGAAUCCAGCUGGCAGCACUCGGCCAGCCCAUCCGCCGAGAAAGACAUGUACAGCCCGAACACAUUUUGCUCGACACCCGUACCCGGCCAAUAUCCAGAUGACGAGGUCGAUAGGAGCUGGGUUGUGGUCCCCGACAGCUCGGAUCCGUUCGUGGGCAGCAGCGAGCUUGCUAGCCCGUCACUCCGCACACGACGCGCUUUCCAGGCGUCGAGUCCUCGCCGCAAAUCCGCAGUGAUGCCCCGGCUCGCUAAACGAGUCACUUAUUCUUCCGCCAGACCCCACUCGCCUACUAAGGGACAAGGGGGCCUGUCAUCCCCUCGAUUGAAGGAUUUCCCUGCGUCCGCUGAUAUACAGCGACAGGCUGCUAAGAUGCGCCGCAAGGAACGAGAAGAAGAUGCCAGUCUCCAGCGAUUGAAUAAGCAGUUGCAGGCGAUGAUCCGGGAAGGGAAAGAAGCAUUGGGGACGACGGUGGUAGUGGAUGAUGUGGACAUGUAUGACUCUGAUUAG